GUAAAAAUCGGGAAGCAGGCAUUUUUUGUGAUUUUUUGAUUGGGAUAUUUUUGGCUUCGGAAUGGAACACUAGAAAGAAUCUGUAUCAAACCCCCUUGCCCAGCUUCCCAGUACCGUGCGUGCUCGAGGAAGCAAUUGCAAUUCGCUUCUUCCUUUUCCAUCGUUCCGUUGACACACACUACCAUACGGCACAACAUCGCGUUCAUGGUAUUGCUGCUGUAGAUUUUCAUCUCUGUGCAGUUCGAGACAUCUUGGAUCUUUCUUCCGACCGCCACAUCCACAUCCACAUCCACAUCCACAUCGACAUCCACAGCCAAAGCGAAGCGAAACGAAACAACACAAAACGAGCACAAAGAACUCUUGGAUCCACGGAUCGGCAGGAACACGAGGCAUCCCGCCACAGAUCCAUUCUCUGAGGCACAGCGGAACACAAGCAUGAGUCUCCUCACGGAAGAGUGGUGGACGGACUUUGUCGCCGGCUGGGUGUCCGGAGCGGUGGGCGUCGCCACCUGCCAGCCGCUGGACACGGUGCUGACGCGGUUCCAGGCCGGCCGGGUCCUUUCCGCACCCGGCCUGGAGGUGGCGGUCCAGGGGGGCGUCACCGCCUCGGCGGUCCGGAGCAGCGUCCGGGGCCUGGUGGGUGAGUUCGGCCUGCGGUCCCUGUGGAGGGGCUCCUCCCCGAUGAUCGGGGCGGUCCCGGUCCAGAACGCGCUGCUGAUGGGCGGGUACGGCUUUGGGAAGCGGUACUCGGAGGGUGCCCGCGGGGCCGACACCGGCGCAUGCGAUGCCCUGCUCCCGGUCUUUGUCGGCGGGUGCGCGGGCGGGGUCCUCCAGUCCUUUCUCAUGUCCCCGGUGGAAUGGAUCAAGGUCCAGCAGCAGACGCAUGCGUCUUCCGGUGCGGCAGCGACGGCCUCGUCGGUGUCCGUCCUGCGGAGGUUUCUCACCCACAGGCACGCGCUGUGGAACAGGGGUCUCACGGCCACCCUCCUGCGGGACGGAAUCCCGCACGGGGUGUGGUUUGCCACCUACGAGUUCUGCAAGCUCCGGAUGCUGGCGGGACCGGCGGAAGCAGCAAGCGGAGGAACAGAAACACCGGGUGCCGGCGCCGAGGACGGCCCACGCUCUUCGCUCUACAAGACCGUCGCGGUGCCGGUGGUUUCGGGAGCGGUCGCGGCGACGACGGCGUGGGUGAGUAGCGCCAAUCUCGGUCCUUUCUGUUUCGACACGGCAGUGCGGUUGUUGGUCGUGUGGAUAAGUCGUGCAACUCAUGGUUUGUGUUCUUUCUUUCUGCUUUCCAUUCCCAACUCCCAUACCCAGGCCGUUGGAUAUCCCUUUGACAUUAUCAAGACGCGGAUCCAGGCGUCCGCGGACGGGGUCCGCGUCCCACCCGGUGUCUGGGAGACGGGGAUAAAGCUCGUGGAGGAAGCCAACGGCAACCUCUUGAGGGGGCUGUACCGGGGCUUUGGGCUGAAGCUCCUCCGGUCCGUUCCGGCCUCCAUGGUGGGAUUUUUCACCUACGAGCUCGUCUCGGGUGCCAUUGCCGGUGCCGGAAGCAAUCCCUAGCGAUGCCACCAACGGUUUCGACAAGAACCGGUUACUUGAAUAGGAUUUCAUA